CUAGACGCAGCAGCGGCUUGGCUUGGAUUCAGUUCCUCCCCUAUGUGCUGCCUUACUCCAUCAUCACAUCCCUGAACGUGAGCGGUGUAGCUGAGGAGCACUUCUUUAAAACCCGACACUUCGCUGGAGUUGCUUCCCUGCGCGUCUGAGAGUCAUAGGGAGGGGAGAAGCAUUCCCCCAUACAAACAAAUUCUCUUCUAACGAUGGAGACCGCUCUGGGUGUCUUCCCCGGUGCUCACUUUACAAUUUCCACCUGGCUAAUUCUUUUUUUUCCGAACGUAAAGGCAGAUAUAAGUUGCGCGCCAUGCAUGUCGCCAAUGCAAGUGAAUUACGCUGGGGACGAGCAUCUGCGUGACCCGCCUGAUUCUGGGAAAUAUCCGACACCACCGGAUCAAAAGAAACCCAAGCUGAUUGCAGUGCUUUACCCGAAUAUUGGAGUACCAACGGAUGGUUUUCCAGGGAUUGCGCCGAAAGUGGAAACAAACGCAGAUGGGAUAAACUCCCGCGCGCCUUUGGGGAACUUCGCCGAGUCCGCUUUAGACGAAGAAUUGUUUUCGGAUGAAUUUAUGGAAAGUGGGAGAGUCAAGAGAAGCGUGCCCGAGUUUAUGGAGAGCGCGCGGGGAGCUGAUCCCCUCUCGGAGGAGCAGAGAAAGACCUCCGCUCUGCGGGUGGACGGACAGGGCAAACGCGCAGAAGUUCGCUGGAACAGGGAGGAUGAGCAGGACGCCAGAGUGUCGGAUUCCAGACCAGAAGAGCCCAAACUAACCAGCAGCACUUUCGCUCUGGCUGGAGACUCCGCGCACAACCACGCAGUCGUGUACUGGUCUGGAAAAAACAGCAGCGUGAUUCUGAUUCUCACCAAGCUGUAUGACUUUCACCUUGGCAGCGUCACAGAGAGCACGCUAUGGAGAUCCACGGAUUAUGGCAGCACUUAUGAGAGGCUGAAUGAUAAAGUGGGAGUGAAGACGGUGUUGAGUUACCUCUAUGUUUGCCCCACCAACAAGAGGAAGAUAAUGGUGCUGACGGACCCAGAGUUUGAGAGCAGUAUUCUCAUCAGCUCAGAUGAAGGUGCCAGCUAUCAGAAGUACCGCUUGAACUUCUUCGUCUUGAGUUUACUUUUCCAUCACACACAGGAGGACUGGGCUUUGGCCUACAGCCACGACCAGAAGCUUUACAGUUCAUUUGACUUUGGCCGAAAGUGGCAGCUGGUUCAUGAGCGAGUGACUCCCAACCGCUUCUACUGGUCAGUAACCGGUUUGGACAAGGAGUUUGAUUUGGUACACAUGGAGGCUCACACACCUGAUGGCCAUUGUCAGUAUGUGACAUGCAGAGCUCAAGCCUGCUCUGAAUCCAGCAGAACGCAUCCAUUUCCUGGAUACAUCGAGACCAACUCACUCGUGGUUCAGGAUGAAUAUGUGUUUGUUCAGGUGACGACCACUGGCAGAGCGAGCUACUAUGUGUCCUAUCAAAGAGAAGCUUUUAUACGCAUCAAACUGCCAAAAUACUCCUUGCCAAAGGACAUGCAUAUCGUGAGCACAGAUCAAGGUCAGGUUUUCACCGCCGUCCAGGAGUGGAACCAGAACGACACCUACAACCUGUACAUAUCGGACUCGCGUGGGAUUUACUUCACCCUAGCCUUGGAGAACGUCAGGACCAGCCGCGGCCUCGGAGGAAACAGCAUGAUCGACCUUUACGAGGUAGCAGGGAUUGAAGGAAUGCUAAUCGCUAAUAGGAAGGUGGAGAACCAGGUGAAGACGUACAUCACUUAUAACAAGGGCCGCGACUGGAGGCUUCUGCAGGCACCCAGUACUGACCUCGCUGGAAAUCCGAUUCACUGCGUGCUGCCGUUUUGCUCGCUGCACCUACAACUGCAGAUGUCAGAGAACCCAUACCUUUCCGGAUCCAUCUCCACCAAGAGCUCUGCGCCGGGAGUCAUCGUGGCUACAGGAAAUAUUGGAUCUGAGCUGUCUUACAAUAAUGUGGCCAUGUUCAUUUUAUCAGACGCAGGCAAUAACUGGAGACAGAUUUUUGAGGAAGAGCACAACGUGUGGUUUCUGGACAAAGGUGGAGCUUUGGUAGCCGUGAAGCAGCCCACUGUGCCCACUAGACAUCUUUGGAUCAGCUUUGAUGAAGGUCGUCAGUGGACUCGUCACAGUUUCUCAGCCAUGCCGCUGUUCGUGGACGGUGUGUUAGUGGAGGCAGGUGCAGAGAAUCAGAUCAUGACAUUUUUCGGACACUUCAGCCAUCGGUCCGAAUGGCAGCUCAUUAAAAUCGACUACAAGUCCGUAUUCACCAGAAGGUGCACAGAAGGGGACUAUCAAACCUGGCACCUGCAUAACCAGGGUGAGCCGUGCAUAAUGGGUCAAAAGCAGAUCUACAUGAAGCGUCGGCCUGGAAAUUAUUGUAUGGUGGGAUGGGACAACUCUAGGAUCCUGUCUGCUGAACCCUGCAUAUGCAGAGCACAUGACUUUGAGUGUGAUUAUGGUUUUGAGAGGAGAGGGGAUGGAAACUGUCUGCCGGCGUUUUGGUUCAACCCUUCUAUAGUGUCUCGAAGCUGCAGCCAAGGGCAAAACUUCCUCAACAGCACAGGAUAUCGUAAGGUGGUAGCCAAUAACUGCACUAAAGGUGUGAAGGAAAUGUACACGGCCAGAAAACAGCAGUGUCCGAACCGCCCGCCACGUGGUUUAGUCCUGACAACACGUGACGAAAAACUCACAGCAAACAUGGGCAGCAAUGUGACCUUCCUGGUGCGACUUGAAGAGGGUGACUCCAUGAGGACCAACAUUCAGCUGGACUUUGGAGACGGAACGGCGGUGUCCUACUCCAACCUGAGCUGGACGCAGGAGGGCAUCAAACACGUGUACCGCAGCGCCGGCAUCUUCAGGGUCACAGCACUGGCCGAGAACAGCCUCGGGUUCGACACAUCCUCCCUUUAUCUGCACGUGACAUGCCCUGUGGAGCAUAUUCAGCUGUUGGCUCCAUAUGUGGUCAUUAAGAAUAAGGAGGUGAACCUGACGACAGUGGUCUGGCCUUCUCAUUUCAGAACGCUCACCUAUUUCUGGUGGCUGGGGAACAGCACUGAGCCAAUAGUAACGCUGGACAGCAGCAUUUCCCACACAUUCAGCAGCGAGGGCAUGUCCACUGUGACUGUUCAGGUCUCAUCAGGAGACUCAAUACUGCAGGACAGCAGAACCAUCGCAAUACAGGAAUUCUUCAAAUCGCUGCUUUUAUCUUUCUCUCCGAAUCUGGACGAGGCCAACCCUGACAUCCCCGAGUGGAGACUGGAUGUGGCUCGCGUAAUUAAGAAGGCUGUUCUUCAAGUCGCUGACGUACCGGAAGAGCAGCUGCUGGUGGCAGUUUUUCCAGGCAUCCCGACCGCUGCCGAACUCUUCCUGCUUCCACCAAGGAACCAAUCGAAUGGCAGGAAACAAACUGAGGAGGAUCUGGAGCAGAUAUCUGAAAUCCUGGUCAAUGCAUUAAAUCAGAUUUCAGUGGAGUUUGAGUUGAAGCCUGGCUCCCGCGUCAUCGUUUACAUCACUCAAUUAACUUUAGCUCCACUGGUGGACUCAAUCCCAAGACACAGCAGUUCCGCCAUGCUGAUGCUUCUGUCCGUGGUGUUCCUGGGUUUAGCCGUAUUUCUCAUCUACAAAUUUAAGAGAAAAAUCCCCUGGAUCAACAUCUACGCGGAGGUGAAUCAUGAGAAGGAGCAGGAGAUGAUCAAUACGGUGGGCCAGAAUGACGCCACACCAAAAAUCACCCUGAGUGAAUUCUCCACCCAGAAGGAGCUGAUGGAGAAAGAGCUGGAGGCCCGUGCCAAACGCGGUGUGAUCCACACCUGUGAAAGCACAAGGGAGAUCCCCAACUGCACGAGUGUCUGAAAACGCCAGGAAGAAAAGUGGAGGCGUGUUGUAAUAUUGUGUACAGAGGUAUCACAAUUUUAAAGGGUGACAGUUUUACUUUUUUUUUUUUUUGCUUCUUUUGUAAUUUCGAAACACUGUCAUUGUUAAUAGUUUUCUAAGGAGCUCAGAUUUGCAUGGGUGUCUUGUUUGUUACAAUCUGUGUGGAAUAAUAAGACUAGAGUUACAGUACAAGUCACCGAAAACAUGCUUGGAAGAGAAAUACGGAGCAACUUUUUUGAAAAUCGCAGAACAAAGAGCAUAAAGGCAAGCCGGAGAAAAAGCCACCAUUUCUCUCCCAGUGUAUUUCCUUUGUGUGUAAUUAUGGGUAUGUUUACACAACAAUUUCAACUAAAAACUGAAAAUAUUUUAUGAGUUUUGGCCUGAAAACAAGCUUUUGGUGUCUAUGAGUAAGCUAUAAAUCCUGAUUUUGUCAAAAUGGUGAUGUCAUGCGUUUGCAUAUUAGGAAUGUGUAUCAACAAAGUCCAUUUAAAGUCUGUGUUAAAGUUUCCUAUGUUGAAGGACUCCCUGUUGAAAUGGAAUAUUAAGUAGGGGGUGUGGCUUUUUUGCGCAUUAUUCCCUGAUAGCAAACGAAUAGUAAGAAGGUUGUGGUAAGGAAAAUUGCGAAUGAAGCCGUCAAAGUGACAUAAUUAGUGAAGGAUAGCCACUCCAAUCACAGAAGCACAUUAUCAAACUUUAAUUGAAGAUUACCAAAAAUCUUGUCUUUUUUUUCGCUGGAUUAACUUGCUCCGAAUGUUAUCACUCGAUAAAAUGGGCAUUAUCAAUUUUAUCAGCUGAUAGAUAUGGGCCAGUAAGGGCCUAGUACUAGUAGGCACAGAAUGCUGUUAUCAUCCAUUCAUAUGGUUAUCAGCUAUAUUAGAGAAGACUCCAGAUCCAGAUCUGUUUUUACAUUACUGUGACGGUUGGGUUUAGGGUUGGGGUAGACGUUAAACUUGUUAACCAGCACUCAAUUUUGGCUAUUUACACCUACCUAACUUUAAAUUGUAACAGUUCCUGACUCCAGUCAGCUAAAAACACAAAUUUUGUAUCAUUGGGAAGAAGACGCUUUUAUCUUUACUGUGGUAAAGGAGGAAGUUACAUGUUAAAAAUAUAAAAAGCUAUACAUUAAGAAGUCAUGAGAAAAAAACU